AUGAGCAAGCAAAAACAGCAGGUGAUUUCUCGAUUCUUCGCUCCCAAACCCAAAUCCUCACCACCGCUGACUCAGGAACCGAAUCCGGUAGCCGAAUCGUCAACACCGCCACCGAAGAUAUCCGCCACCGUCUCCUUCUCUCCGUCCAAGCGUAAGCUUCUCUCCGACCACCUCGCCGCCGCGUCACCCAAAAAGCCUAAACUCUCUCCCCACACUCAAAACCCCACACCCGAUCCCAAUCUACACCAAAGGUUCCUCCGGAGAUUUCUAGAACCCUCACCGGAGGAAUCUGCUCCCCAAUCAUCAUCCAACGCUUCUAGGAAGUACACGCCGUUGGAAAAUCAGGUGGUGGAGCUAAAGAGCAAGCACGCGGAUGUGAUUCUGAUGGUGGAAGUUGGUUACAGGUACAGAUUCUUCGGAGACGACGCGGAGAUCGCAGCACGCGUGUUGGGCAUCUACGCUCAUAUGGAUCACAGUUUCAUGACGGCGAGCAUACCAACAUUUCGACUACAGUUCCAUGUGAGAAGGCUGGUGAAUGCAGGGUAUAAGAUUGGUGUGGUGAAGCAGACUGAAACUGCCGCCAUCAAGUCCCACGGUGCGAACCGUGCCGGCCCUUUUUUCCGGGGACUAUCGGCGUUAUACACUAAAGCCACAUUGGAAGCUGCUGAGGAUAUAAGUGGCGGUUGCGUUGGUGAAGAAGAAGGGUUUGGUGCACAGAGUAAUUUUUUGGUUUGUGUUGUGGAUGAGAAAGUUAACACGGAGACGUUAGGUUGUGGUUUGGAAGCGAUUUUUGAGGUUAGAGUCGGCGUUGUUGCCGUUGAGAUUUCAACUGGUGAGGUUGUUCAUGGAGAGUUUAAUGAUAAUUUCAUGAGGAGUGGGUUAGAGGCUGUGAUUUUGAGCUUGUCACCAGCUGAGCUGUUACUUGGCCAACCUCUAUCACAGCAAACUGAGAAGUUUUUAUUGGCAUAUGCUGGACCGACCUCAAAUGUUCGAGUGGAACGAGCCUCACUGGAUCGUUUUCGCAAUGGUAGUGCAGUAGAUGAGGUUAUAUCAUUAUAUGAAGAUCACAGUGCAAGCAAUCAGGUCAACGUGGAGGUUGCAGAAGAAGGAAGGCCUUGCUUGACAGUUCAUACAAUUAUGAACAUGCCACAUUUGACUGUUCAAGCCCUCGCCCUGACACUUUGUCAUCUCAAACAGUUUGGAUUUGAAAGGAUCUUAUUUCAGGGGGAUUCAUUUCGCUCAUUGUCAAGCACCACAGAGAUGACUCUCUCGGCCAAUACACUGCAACAAUUGGAGGUUGUGAGAAAUAAUUCAGAUGGAUCGGAGUCUGGCUCCUUAUUCCAUAAUAUGAAUCACACUCUUACAGUAUAUGGCUCCAGGCUUCUUAGACACUGGGUGACUCAUCCUCUUUGCGAUAGAAAUUUGAUAUCUGCUCGCCUUGAUGCUGUUUCUGAGAUUUCUGCAUGCAUGGGAUCUCAUAGUUCUACCCAGAUCAGCGAUGAUUUGGAUGAAGAAGGUUCUGAGAGAACAAUUGUACCACCUGAGUUUUAUCUCGUGCUCUCCUCAGUCUUGACAGCUUUGUCUAGGUCACCUGAUGUUCAACGCGGAAUCACAAGAAUCUUUCAUCGGACUGCUAAAGCCACAGAGGUGAAACUUGGCCUGUCCUUUGCCGUCUUUUAUAUGUGCCUUGUCUUGACUGAAUUCAUCGCAGUUAUGGAAGCUAUUUUACUGGCGGGGAAGCAACUUCAGCGGCUUGGCAUAAAGCAAGACUGUGAAAUGAGGAGUAUGCAAUCAGCGACUGUGCGGUCUUCUCUUCUGAGAAAAUUGAUUUCUGUUGUCUCAUCCCCUGCUGUGGUUGACAGUGCUGCAAAACUUCUCUCUGCCCUGAAUAAAGAAGGGGCUGUUCGAGGAGACUUGCUCGACAUACUAAUCACUUCCGAAGACCAAUUUCCUGAGCUUGCUGAAGCUCGCCAAGCAGUUUUAGUUGUCAAGGAAAAGCUGGAUUCCUCGAUAGCUUCAUAUCGCAAGAAGCUAUCAAAUCGAAAUUUAGAAUUUCUUCAGGUGUCCGGGAUCACACAUUUGAUAGAGCUCCCCGUUGAUGCCAAGGUUCCUGUGAAUUGGGUGAAAGUGAAUAGCACCAAAAAGACUAUUCGAUAUCACCCCCCAGAAAUAGUAGCUGGGUUGGACGAGCUAGCUCUGGCAACUGAACAUCUUACCAUUGUAAACCGAGCUUCAUGGGAUAGCUUCCUCAAGAGUUUUAGUAGAUACUAUACAGAUUUUCAGGCUGCCGUUCAAGCUCUUGCUGCGUUGGACUGUUUGCACUCCCUCGCAACUCUAUCUAGAAACAAGAACUAUGUUUGUCCUAUAUUUGUGGAUGACUGUGAGCCAGUUGAGAUAAACAUACAGUCUGGUCGUCAUCCUGUUUUGGAGACUAUAUUACAAGAUAACUUCGUCCCAAAUGACACAAGCUUGCAUGCCGAAGGAGAAUAUUGCCAAAUUAUCACUGGACCUAACAUGGGAGGAAAGAGCUGCUAUAUCCGUCAAGUUGCUUUAAUUUCCAUAAUGGCUCAGGUUGGUUCCUUCGUACCAGCUUCAUUCGCCAAGCUGCAUGUUCUUGAUGGUGUUUUUACUCGGAUGGGUGCUUCAGACAGCAUCCAGCAUGGUCGAAGUACCUUUCUAGAAGAAUUAAGUGAAGCCUCUCACAUAAUCCGAACCUGCUCUUCGCGUUCGCUAGUUAUAAUAGAUGAGCUUGGAAGAGGCACUAGCACACACGACGGUGUAGCCAUUGCGUAUGCAACAUUACAACAUCUCUUAGCGGAAAAGAGAUGUUUGGUUCUUUUUGUCACGCAUUACCCUGAAAUAGCUGAGAUCAGUAACGGAUUUCCGAGAUCCGUUGGGACAUACCAUGUCUCGUAUCUGACGUCGCAGAAGGAGAAUGGCGUUUCUGAUCAUGAUGAUGUGACUUACCUAUAUAAACUUGUGCGUGGUCUUUGUAGCAGAAGCUUUGGAUUUAAGGUUGCUCAGCUUGCUCAGAUACCUCCGUCGUGUAUACAUCGAGCCAUUUCCAUGGCUGCAAAGUUGGAAGCUGAGGUACGUGCAAGAGAGAGAAACACACUCGGAGAACAAAAAGGACAUGAAGAACGCCAAGAAUCUCUCGACUCUGAAGAUUCAGCAAACGCAGAAAAAUCUUUAUCUGCUUUAUGUGACUUGUUUGCAGACCUGCGAUUUGCUCUCUCUGAAGAGGACCCUUCAAAGUCAUUAGAGUUCUUAAACCGGGCUUGGAAGAUGGCAGAGGAUUUAGUAGCAAGGGGACGUGUACAAUGGGAUGAAGCUAAUAUAGUGGAAAUUGAAUCCAACAAACCUGUGAGACAGAAGAUUACUGAACCAAAGACGCCGUAUCACCCGAUGAUUGAUGAUGAUGGCUCUACGUCUCCCAAAGGAAGCUCGUUUGACAUCUGUGUUGAUGAAAUGCAUCGAGCGGAAGAGCUAAGGAAUGUUCUGAAUGAUGUAGCUUCAUCCAGUAAAAACACCAGCCAGAGAUCCGAUUCCGGUGCCUGGAGCUCGUCAGAGGAUGAAGCAGAUCCAAUGGAAGAAUAUGAAGAAGAUUCUGAGGGUGAGAAAAAUGCAAGUUUCAAGGAACAUAGACGUGCACACUAUAACGAGUUUCAAAUGGUCAAGGAACUGAGAUCCUCUGGGUCUUUCUAUGGUGAAGAUGCAGCAGAAGCGGACGAUGGCACCAAAACGGGUAAAUCCGAGGCCAAAAUCUCACAGAAGACUCCGGAUGUUAAAGGCUUGGAUAGAGAAACAACUGGUGGUGGUGCAGAUGCAAUAUCUUCAGGAAAGUCAUCUUCCUCCUCUAGUUGA